AUGGGUCGUCCUCCGAUGCACGGUUCUUCGAGCCAACUUCGAGCUUGUCUCAAUUGCCAGAAGCGCAAAAGCCGAUGCCAACCUAGUCUCAAUGGCCCGGGGCCAUGCUCCUACUGCGCCCGCGCGGGCAAAGACUGCAGCUUCGUGAACCCACCGGAUAGGACAAGGCUUACGCGGAAGAAUCUCGAUGCGAUGGAGCAGCGCUGUAAUAAGCUCGAGUCUCUCAUUCGAUCGCUGCAUCCAGAUAUGGAUAUUGAUGUUGCUCUCGCUAACCUAGAGGCUGGUCAGGAAGCCAUCAGACGAACAGAGCAAGAGUCAGAUGAUGAGUCGCCUGAGCAUGAGGAACCAGCGCACGAAUAUGAAUGGAGUGAACCCUCUUUGCCACCAGAUUUCGAUAGUCAGAAUGAUGAAGCCGGAGCCAUGGAUGGCAUGGCCACGUUAAACAGCCUUGAUGCUGGAUAUCUAGGCAGUAGUUCCGGCGCAAAUCUAUUACAAGAGAUUGCUUCAAUGCUACCGGAGCUUGCGGCGUCAAACUCUCCUGCCAAUAGCCAUGGCAAAUCCCCCAGCCGGACGCAUAAGUCAAAAGCGUCACUCGAUCCACCGAAUCUGGCGAAUGAGUCUUUAACAAGCUAUCUUAUCGACGCAUACUUCCUCUUCUACAACGUUUCGUAUCCGAUUCUGCAUGAACGAUCAUUCCGCCAAAAGCUUGCCGCUCGUGGCAUGCGACGUGGCAAGUCAUCAUGGAACAUCAUCUACUACCUGGUGUUGGCCAUUGGGCACUGGAUAUCUACUUCAGAUAAACAUCACGCUGGAUCCCGCUUCUAUACCGCAGCGAGAAACUCUCUAUCGAUACACAUGCUGGAGUCGGGGUCGCUUGAAACGGUCCAGGCGCUCCUUCUCAUGGGCAAUUAUCUACAGAAGAUGGACAAGCCAAACACAGGCUAUCAGUUCAUAGGUAUCGCAUACAAGAUGGCACUUGGACUUGGGAUGCAUAGAGAGACACCGAACCUGGAAGACAAUAUUGGACUUGAAAGGCGGAGGCAGUUAUUCUGGGUCGUUUACUGCUUUGAUAGCGGGUUCAACAUCACAACUGGGAGACCACCGUAUGCGCAGGAAGGGAUCAUUGAUACCGCGCUACCAAGAAACAUUGACGACAAGGAUCUCGAACCCUCCAUGCUAGCCCCGCCUGAAGUCAACACGCCAACGACUCUAUCCGCCGUCAUCGCACAAGCAGAACUUGCGAAGCACGCAAACUCGCUAUAUCUCGAGUAUCUCACAGCGAAAACAGCCAACACCAAAGUCGAGUACCAAGUUGCCGAGGCCAUAGAACGGACGCUCACCGAUUGGCGACAUAAACUUCCUCAAUACUUCACUUCUGUAGACGUCCCAAUAUGGUUCACUGGUCCGCGGGCUGUUGUUUUGUGGAAAGAGCAGAACUUGCGGAUUAUCCUUUGGCGAGGAAGCAAGCGAAAUCAUCCAUAUCUCCCCAGCAAGACUGAUGCAGAGACACGCUGUCUUGAUGCUGCCAUGCAAAGCAUAAACGAUAUAACAGCUUUCUGCAGCGUAAAUGAAGGCAUUUUGCAUCUCGGUAUUGUCUGGUAUGCCACAUACUUCUUGUUCCAAGCCGCUCUUGUUCUUGAAGCGAGCUAUCUAGACCGUGAGGCUCAAAACAAACUCGACAACGAGACAACCGAUUGGCGAAUGAUGGUCCACAAGGCCCAGAGUUGCCUGGUAACUUUCUCAAGCAGAAGCAGAUCAUCAAAACGAUGCUUGGAGGUACUAGAGCUCAUAAACAGAAGGGCAGAAACAGCGGCGAACACUCGCCGAACUGUCCUCACUGUGCCUGAGCUUGUUGAGGAAGCUCCAACUGCGCUCCAGGCCCCAGUAGGUGAUACUGAGACAUCGAUACCACCGGUCGAUUUGCAUAAUUUCAGUGAUGGGGAUCUCUCCAUGGGGGCCUGGACACUGAACGAUGAUGGAUCAGAUCCUACAAUGAGGAUGAUUCUUGAUAAUACUCCGUGGGGGUAUCUCGACAAUGCGCCUAUGGAUGCCUUGUUCAACGAUUGGUUUCCCCAGGAUACUUUUGACGGGUGA